GGCGAUCAAGAAGGCAUCGCAACGGUUACGAUACUGGUUCAGUUCAGUAGGUAGCAGAAAGCUCAGCUGUUAGCAGAAGGCGCGAAGGCGGUAGUUGUGAAUAGUGGCCAUAGCAUAUUAUUAAGAUGGCCAAGUAUUCAUUUUUCGUCUGUGUGGUUUGUUUUGCAGUUGUUACCGCAGAAGUUCUUGACCAUAGGUUUUUCUUAGGACAGAUAAUCAAGAAAUAUGGACACAAUGGCACAAUAUCCUAUGAGGGGUUUGAACGUCUCUACACAAACUUGGGUCUGGGAUCUCCCGACAGCACAUCAGACGACCAGAACCUCAGUCUAUCCCGCCCUGAUAGAGAUGUCAGCAAAUUCAAUUCAAGUAAGGACUGUCAAACGCACGAGGAGCUGGAACGUUUGGUGGUACAGCACGAGGAAGUGUUUGAGCCUGUUAACAUUCCAGACCCUCAGCACUGUUUGUCACCGCGUGAUCUGCUCGUCGUGUAUGGACUUGCACACGCAGGCAAUGUCUCACUCAGUCCGGUCAGUUUCCUGCACCUCUGUCCAGCCAUCGUGUACGAGCUGGAUGUGCGCAGCUGUGCCUCUUCCCACCAGUCGGACCGGAUCGCUCAUUCGCAUUCGCACUCACACUCACACUCACACGCAUCAACGAUCGGCGGUGCAACCCGUGCUAGUUGGUUGUUUGCAAGCCUCACCAUCAUAUUGAUCAGCAUCUCCGGACUCCUCUGUGUCGCUGUGGUUCCUCUGCUGCAGAAGUCCUUCAUCAGUCAACUCAUCAGCUUCCUCGUGGCUCUGGCAGUGGGCACACUCCUAGGUGAUGCAUUCCUGCAUCUUGUCCCGCACGCUCUGGAGUCACAUUCCCACGAAGGACACACAAGCCACACAGAUUCUAUACUGAAAACUGGACUCAUGUUCCUCACAGUUGUCUUCUUCUUCACUUUUGAGUCGGUUUUGAACGUUCGUAAGAACAGUGAGGAGGACAACAGAGUACAAGAGAAAGUGACGUAUGUGCCAAUGUCUUCUGUGAAAGUGAAUGACAACGAAAAAGAAAUGAUGAUGGAGAAUGGAACCCAACACACUCAUUCGCACCACAGUCAUAGUGACAACAACAUUGCGCUCAUGGUAGUGAUGGGAGAUGGUCUACACAACCUGACGGACGGAUUGGCCAUUGGAGCUGCCUUCAGCGGAGGCCUGGCCCCCGGAUUCGCUACAGCUGUGGCCGUCUUUACGCACGAGUUGCCACACGAGUUGGGAGACUUUGCUGUGCUGAUCCAAGCGGGCAUGACGGUGCGCAAGGCUCUUUUCUACAACCUGGUCUCCUCCGUUCUCAGUUUCCUCGGCACCGCAGUGGGCCUCAUUAUCGGCAACUUUGGUGAUUCCACACGUUGGAUCUACGCCAUCACUGCCGGCUCCUUCAUCUACAUUGCACUCUCUAACCUGGUACCCGAGAUCAACAGACAGAAGGCAUCUUACUGGACCAUCCUUCUGCGACUCAGCGGCAUUCUCUGCGGCGGUGGACUGAUGGGCUGCAUCGCACUGUACGAAGAGGAUAUCCACCAGAUGUUCCUAUAGCAGACAGCAUCCUGUCCACUUUGUACAUAUCCAUUCCAUGUAUUGUAGCAAUAAUGUAAAUUAGUACUGUAUAUAUUAUCUGCUUGGUUUUUGUGAUCUAUUCAGCCAGGUCGGUGUAUUCGCCUUUUUACAAGGUUUUAUUGUAAUAGACAGUAUUCGGUGAAAGUUAACCUCUGAACGAUAGAAGUAACCACACGUUGUUUCGUAAAUAUAUUACGAUAGGUUGGUUUAAAACACCAAAUUUUCAAUGCAGAAGAGUCCUCACAGUUCAAAAGAUAUGAGUGCACCUUUAUAGCAGAAAUUACAGCACAUUUGUUCAGGGCCCAAGAAUAGAUAUGUGCUUUUAAAGUUGGAGGUGAUACACUCCAACAAUUAUUUUUUUAUUAAAUAAUGCCAUUUUUAGUUCUUGUAAACAAUAUAAUACGUGUGAACUGAUCAAAUUAUGACUAUAAAAUGACCCGAGCUUAUACACAAACUAUGUUGUUUUUAAAACUUAGAAACAUUGUUUUUAUAUUAAGAAAUAGAUACUUAUAUACAUUUCAGGAAUGAAAUAAUGAAUGAGAUUUGUGGUUUGUUUGGGAUAAAACAUCUAUCGUAAUGGGACAAUUAUCGGAAUCAACAAUAUUAUUUUUGUGGCCAACGGAAGGGAUAAUUUUGUUAUAUUUCUUGAACACAAUUGGAUUGCGUUUUUCUGAAGAAUGUUCAUAUUGUCAACCAAAAAGUUCAAUUAUCUGAAAAGAUAAUUCCAGUUAACUUGUAUUAGUAGAACACUACCGUUUUCACGAUAAAUCCAAUUAACAUAGUGAUGGUUUAUAAACCAGUUGGUUUUCAGUAUCUGUAACAAAUGUUACAUUUUAAUUAGUGUACCAGUAUUUUAAUUGAGUCUGUGUUAAAUUAAAUUUAAAACUUUUGUUUUAUGUUAUAAAUUUUAAAAUCUAGUUUAAAGCCUUUAUUAAUUAUUGUGGGAUUAGUUAAAAAAAUGUUUGCCCAUUAAAAUGAAAUAGAUUUAUGAAAAUAAUUCAAAAUAUUCUUAGAUAACUCUUCACAAAAUAAGCAGUGCGAUUUGAUUUUAUAACGGUGAAAACAACCUAUCGUUUUUCCAAUAUCAAUUAACCGUUCGGAUUUCUUUUAUUACCACAGUCUAAUCUUAGCUGUAGUCACAAAACCAGCCGGAGUUGUUACUCUUGUUUUGUUAACCAGUGUAAUCAUUGCAACAAUGCAAUCUUGAAACGCUUAUUAGGUUUGUUUUGAUUAUUUUAUUGUUUUAUAUGUAAAUAUAGACCAUGUUUGUGAUAAAAACAUGAUAGUGUUACGGAUUUGUGUUUAGAAUUUAAUAUUAAAUAAUUUUAACUACAAUGAAUAUGUGAUAUGUGUAUUAGCUGAAAAGUUCUAAGAUACGGUUGAUACACUUUUUCUUUCUUGAUGUACGAACAAAGUAUAUUUAAGUAUUGCUUUUGUUUAACAUUUUUUUCACAUGAGGUGUUAAAAAUUUAUUUAGAAAUCUCCUGAUAAACUCAUAUUUUUUGACAGUGAUUUUUAUAAGUAUAUAAUACGUAAGUAUACCUACAUUCUGGGCAGAAUUUGCUCAAGUAUAUUGUAUAUGUUUAAUUUACGAAUACUGUUAGACAUUUUUUGGCUUAAAAUAUAUUUUUGUAUGUAAUAUUUUCUUAAAAUAGGCAAAUGAUUUUGAUUAAAGUUUCAUUAUGUAUUGUCCACCACAUGACUAACGAGGUAAUAAUUGCGUACAGUAGUAAACAGUUUUUAUUGCUUAACACUUGCUCAUUUUUAAUGGUCUCUGUUUGUUUACUUGCAUACGAUUUGAAUGGACAGUAUAAAACUAAGAAUACGUGAACAUGUGAGAGUUAACAUUGUUAGAAUUUUGAAUAGUAUUUGACUGAAAAUACUCGUAAGACAAAACAGAAUUUCGGGGGAUUGAUCCACCAUAUCCCCUUGAGUACGCACCUGGCUCUACAUAACUUGUGUUAACUAAAACAAGAGCCCCAAUACGAGAGCAAUCAAACGACAUAAUUUUGUAUAUUUUUCAAUAUAUAAGUUAAGUAAAAUCAUAAAUUUAAUUUAGAACUUUUCAAUAUGUAUUCGCAAAUGCUUGUUUUAAGCAUACUGUAAUUUUAUUAAGAUUAUAUUUUUAAAUGUUUACUUGUUGGAAUUGUUUUGGUAUGCAUAACACUUUGAUGCAAUAAAUCUUUUUUUUAAAUAAUGUA